AUGGAGAAGCAAAACUACAGCAAGUUUUCCUGUUUCUGGGAGACAGAGCCCGUAGGCUGUAGAAGGAUAAGCUGUGACUUCUUUCACAGAAAACCCCGUAAUAUAAAUGGACUUUAUUUGCCACCUAGUAACAAUGUCCCAUUGAAACAGGAUGUCCAAGGAGGCAUUUUGCAUCCAGCCCAUCGUCAGGACUCACUCAGAAAUCAAGACAAUGUUUUAGUACCAAUUCAUCCUCCACUGAUUAUAAACCUCAGUGAUGAAGAGGAUGACGAAGAGGAUGAUGAUGAGGAUGAUGACGAGGAAGACAACUAUGUUUCUAGCUGGAUGCCUAAGACUGUUAUAGAUAUUGAAGAGGAAAGAGCAAUAAGGGAUAUAUGCUAUAAAUCUGGAGAGUAUUAUGGGAUUCAGAAUCCUUACAAACACCAAUCAACAAAAACUGUGUCUUCACCAUGGCAAGAUGAGUUAUUACCCUUGGAAACUACUGAACAAAACUUGCAGAAAGGUGAUGGUAACACAAUUCCUACAAGAUUUAAUAAUACAAGAAAAGAAAAGGAGAAUUCAGAAAGAAGAGUGUCAAUAGAGAGUAUUCCCAGAACAGAUCAUAAAUCCUUUGACAGUGGAGAAACGAACUACACUGAACUGGUAAAGAACCACCACUUUAAGGAAGUAAAGGAAAAUAAAAGGAUUUCUGAGGAGCGAAGAAAUUCAGUUAAUGCACUAACUGGCAAAGGAAUUCAUACUCCGGACCCCAAAGUAAAACCAGGUUAUCAACAAAGGGGUCAAAGUAAGGAGGAUGAAACUGCUUCUUCCAGUCCAUAUGGGAGAGACACUGGAAGAUACACUCAUCUAAAUUCUCCAGAACCUCGACGAUCAGCUUAUGUAGUCUACCGGACUGUCACUCAAAAACCAAAAUUCAAUGGACCUACAGUACCCGAGUCCUAUGGUCAGAAAGGCUCCAAACAAAAGAAUCAGCCUGACACCAAUAGGAGAUUUUGGACACAAACAGAAAACUAUGGCAAAUAUACUUCAGGAUCUUCUAAUUCACCGGCUUGGAGGAAAAGAAAUCCACAAGCAAAACCAUUCUCUAAAUUUAAAAUAACCACUCAGAGUAAAGAAGACAUGGAAGUGAAUAAAAAAGGAGAAAAAGAAACAUCUAAAGGGAAAUAA